AUGAUGUUUCCUUUGUUCCUCAGGGGCUUGAGUCCAGCAAAUGACAGUGGAGCCAAAAAGAAGAAAAAGAAACCCAAAAGGAAGAAAGAGAAAGGAGGAGACCAGCCUGACCAGGCUCAGGACCAGCCAGUGAAGGUGAACUCUCUACCUGCUGAGAGGAUCCAGGAGAUUCAAAAAGCCAUCGAGCUGUUCUCUGUGGGUCAGGGCCCUGCCAAGACCAUGGAGGAAGCCAGCAAGAGGAGCUACCAGUUCUGGGACACACAGCCAGUGCCCAAGCUAGGAGAAGUGGUGAACACCCAUGGCCCGGUGGAGCCAGACAAAGACAAUAUCCGUCAGGAGCCAUACACCCUGCCCCAGGGCUUCACCUGGGAUGCUCUGGACCUGGGGGACAGAGGCGUGCUGAAGGAGCUGUACACACUGCUCAACGAGAACUAUGUGGAGGACGACGACAACAUGUUCCGGUUCGAUUACUCUCCUGAGUUCCUGCUGUGGGCACUGCGCCCGCCGGGCUGGCUGCCUCAGUGGCACUGUGGGGUCCGAGUUGUGUCCAGCAAGAAGCUGGUUGGAUUUAUCAGUGCGAUUCCAGCCUCUAUCCACAUCUAUGACACAGAAAAGAAGAUGGUGGAGAUAAAUUUCCUGUGUGUCCACAAAAAGCUGCGCUCCAAGCGGGUGGCUCCGGUGCUGAUCCGCGAGAUCACACGGCGAGUGCACCUGGAGGGGAUCUUCCAGGCUGUGUACACGGCAGGAGUGGUGCUGCCAAAGCCUGUGGGCACGUGCAGGUACUGGCAUCGCUCCCUGAAUCCUCGGAAACUCAUCGAGGUCAAAUUUUCCCACCUGAGCAGGAACAUGACUAUGCAACGCACCACGAAGCUUUACAGGCUGCCUGAGACUCCCAAGACUCCUGGCUUGCGGCCCAUGGAGCACAGGGACAUCUCUGCUGUGCACAAGCUCUUGACUGAGUACCUGAAGCAGUUCCACCUGAUGCCUGUGAUGAGCCGAGAGGAGGUGGAGCACUGGUUCUUACCUCAGGAGAACAUCAUCGACACCUUUGUGGUAGAGAGUGCCCCAGGGGAGGUGACAGACUUCCUGAGCUUCUACACGCUGCCCUCCACCAUCAUGAACCACCCAACUCACAAGAGCCUGAAAGCUGCUUACUCCUUCUACAACGUUCACACCAAGACGCCUCUCAUCGACCUCAUGAGUGAUGCUCUCAUCCUCGCCAAGUCGAAAGGAUUCGACGUCUUUAAUGCACUGGAUCUCAUGGAAAACAAAACCUUCCUGGAGAAGCUGAAGUUUGGGAUCGGAGAUGGGAACCUGCAGUAUUACCUGUACAAUUGGAAGUGUCCCAGCAUGGCACCAGAGAAGGUCGGGUUGGUGCUGCAGUAAGAGCCCUUGCCAGGAGAGCACGGAGGAGCCGAGCCCUGUGGAGGUGCUGCCUCAUCCUUUCUGCCAAAGCUGGAGCCAGGCCGGGAGAUCUCUCCUGCGGCCGUUUAACCGCGUCCUCGUAAAGACAUGAUCAAGGGAAUGUAACUGCUGAAACUAGGUCAUGAUUGGCAUAUAAUGGAGUUAACGGGUGAAUAAUAAAAGUAUAUAUUAUAUAUAUUUUAAA